AUGUCUUCUGCCCAUGAGAAAGUUUCGCCGAAUCACAAGUCUGCUCUCUUCUCUUUUCUCAAGUCUAUAGCAUCAUUCAAAGGCGAUCUCUCCACCUUGACCGCACCUCCUUUCCUCUUGGCUCCUCAAUCCGUCACCGAAUACUCUGCCUACUGGGCAGAACAUCCAAUUCUAUUCGUUGCGGCUGCGAAAGAAGAAGACCCCCAGAAACGCGCGCUUUGCGUUUUGAAAUGGUUUCUCAGCACCUUGAAAGAGCAGCAUAGUAAUACAGACGAGAAUGGCAAGAAGAAGAGGGCCAUGAAGCCGCUCAAUGCUUUCUUGGGAGAACAGUUUCUGGGGAAAUGGGUUGAUGAAGCUGGAACAACUGAGCUAGUCUCUGAGCAAGUGAGCCAUCAUCCACCUGUCACUGCUUUCAACGUCUGGAAUAAUGAGCAUGGUGUUCGGCUCCAAGGCCAUAUUGCGCCAAAGGUCUACUUUAGCGGUUCUGUCAACAUAGACAGAGGAGGCUAUGGUAUAAUGCACAUUGAUGAAUACAACGAGGACCACUUGGUUACAAUGCCGAAAGUUCAUGUGGAGGGGUUGGUCACAGGCGCCCCUUCACCAGAACUAUCUGGCACGUCAUACAUUCGAAGCUCUUCUGGAUAUACUACUAAGAUCGAAUACUCCUACAAAGGAUGGCUUGGCGGGAAACGAAACGCGUUUGUUGCGACCAUAUUCAAAGAUGGUAAAGAAAACGAACCUAUAUACACGGCAGAAGGAACUUGGAGUGGUGCAUAUACGAUCAAGGAGGUUCGGACAAAAAGAGUCCUCGAAACGUUCAAUAUAGACACGAUACCUCGAAGUGUGUUGGACGUGGCACCCGUCGAACACCAACAUCCUCUUGAAUCUCGGAGGGCAUGGAAAAAUGUGAUUGAAGGAAUCAAGAAUGCGGACAUCUUUGCUAUUGGCUCAGAAAAGUCGAAAAUAGAAAUCACACAGAGGGAAAUGCGCAAAAUUGAAAAGGCUGAGGGAAGGGAGUUUCGUCGAAAAUACUUCACGGCUGCCAAAAGAGACCCUAUAGCUGAGAAGCUAGCAGCAGGUCUGAAGGGUACAUCCAUGAGAUACGAGACGGACGCAAGCCGUAUGAUCUGGUUAUGGGAUGAAGCAAAGUACCAGCGCGUACAAGAUAAUCUGCGAAAUGGAUUGAAGAGUCCUACACAUGCGAGAUUCGAUUCUGGGAUUUCGGGUAUGGAUUUGAAGGGCUUGAGUAUUACUGCUUCGGCGUGA